AGAAAUAAACAGCAGGACCAUCUGUGAAUGGAUCAACAUAUCUGCAGGCAAGUCAUGUUUUGAGUCUGCACCAAAGUCAGAACAUGCAGACACACGCACAACCAAGAAGAAAAGGGAAUUCCUAUCCGUCAGUGAGAUGACAUCACAACCUCCUGGUGAUAAAAAGAGAGCCAAACAAGGGAGUCCCCGCUUUCCCCCGCUUCCCCUCCCACCUCAACGUCCUGCGGGGAGAACAAACAGUUAGAGCAUGUGGCUCUCGUUAGUUUAGAGAACUUUUAAGGAGUUCAUGCUCGCACGAGAGCUUCUUGCCCAUCAACAAACGCUUGGCGAGCUGCGUUUCCACAGUGACCAGUUUUACUGCCCCAGGAAGGGGAGGAAAUGCCAAACUCAGACUGGAGAACUGCUCCGACAGCACUGAGUUUUAUUCUAAUCCUGUCUGGACACGGCUGAAAACCUCACCUUUAUCGCUGUCAUUUCCCUAUGUCAUUUCCCUCCUGCGCCUGUCUUGUCUGUAUUUUCUCUCUCUCUCUCUUCCCUCCAUUUUUCUCUCUCGGCAUCCACUCCCCUUCGUUCACUAUCAUUGCCAACUUCACUGACAGAGAGAUGAAAGAGAAAAACCCCUGGCACACGCCGCUGACCAUCAUCAUCACUGUGAUUGGUGUCAUAGCGAUUGUUGCCCUGGUGACAGUUGCGGUUUUGCAGAACAGACCUGUCCUCCAAAAGUACAAGUAUGGGAUUGUGCUCGACGCCGGCUCUUCCCACACAGCUCUUUAUAUCUACGAGUGGCCAGCAGAGAAGGAUAACAAUACUGGAAGAGUUGAACAGAAGCAUUCCUGCAAAGUAAAAGGUAAAGGUAUCUCAAGCUAUGCAGCUGAACCAGAGAAAGCUGGAGAGUCACUGACAGAGUGCAUGCGAGAAGCCGAGAUGCAGGUUCCCUCAAGAAGACACCAGGAGACCCCGCUCUACCUGGGGGCUACAGCUGGAAUGAGACUGCUGAAUAUAGAGAACAAGGCGGCAUCAGACAAGGUGUUUGAGGCUGUGGAGAAAGCCCUGCAAAGAUUCCCUUUUUCGUAUCAGGGGGCAAGAAUACUCAGCGGGCAAGAGGAGGGCGCCUUCGGCUGGGUCACCGUCAACUACUUGGAUGAUCGUCUCAAACAGGGUCUAGAAACAACGGGGGCUCUUGACCUGGGUGGGGCCUCAACUCAAAUCAGCUUUGUACCUCGUGAAUAUGACAUUUCAGAGUCACCAAGCAACUCUGUGGCUUUCCGACUCUAUGGAAAUGACUACAAUCUGUACACUCACAGCUUCCUGUGCUAUGGGAAGGACCAAGUGCUAAGAAUGGCUCUGGCACAUCAGACUCAGUCAGGUCCAAUAACAAUGUCUGAUCCGUGCUUCCACCCAGGCUAUUCAAUGACAAAGAAUUACAACACCCUGUAUGACAGCCCAUGUGUCUUAGAAAGGAAACCAAAAGAAGCUCCUUUAAACUUCACUCACAGAGGAGCAGGAAACUUUUUACAAUGCCAGGAAGUUGUCAAAAGUCUGUUUAACUUUAUGUCCUGCAAAUACACUAAAUGCUCUUUCAACGGGAUCUUCCAGCCACCUCUGCAAGGAUCAUUUGGGGCCUUCUCUGCGUACUACUUUGUGAUGAACUUCCUCAACCUGACUGAUACUUCCAUCCCAUUGGAAACUGUGAAGAAAAAUCUAGCAAACUACUGUGCAACCCCAUGGAAUCAGAUAAAGCAGCAACACACAGAUGUUAAAGAGAAAUACCUGGCUGAAUAUUGUUUUUCUGGCACAUACAUCCUCACACUGUUGACAGAAGGAUACGGCUUCACUACGGAGACUUUCUCCAAGAUAAAAUUCAUCAAAGAGAUAAAAGGCAGUGAUGCAGGCUGGACACUGGGCUACAUGUUGAACCUGACCAACAUGAUUCCAGCAGAGGCUCCAGAUUCACCCCCACUCCCACACGCUGGCUACGUCUCCAUAGUCACUGUCAUCGCAUUGCUGCUUUUCGUCCUUUUCAUCCUCAGCUUGCGUCCUGUCUGGCCCAAAUGCUCCAAGCAACCACAGAUUGUAUAAACACAACAAAGUAUCCAUGUCUGAGUGCUGUGUCAGGAACAUCUGCAAACAGUUGUGAGUGUGUGUUUGUGUGGGUGAAAGGUCAUGUGACGCUGUCAAAUAUGGUCCUGCAACUCCUGCUGUUUCAAGGAUUUUUCAGAAGGGCAUACGUUUUCACUCAUCAGGAGAGUGAGACGUCUGACUGAAGGACAUUUUCUCAACUUAAAUAUGGGGCUUGGACUUGAACGAGCAAAACUGAAUGCAUGUGUGCAUCCGCAUUGGCAUGCAUGUCUGUGUCCUGAAUUAUGCUGUGAAUAUGUAACUGUAUAAAUAAAGUAACCCGAGUUUAUAUGAAAA